AGAGAGAUCAGUUAUGAGGAGGGAGCCCGUGAGUCCGGCAUCAUCUGGAUUUAUCACGUUAUCAGCUUUGGAACAUAAAGACAUUGUUCAGUAACACCUCGUGAUUGACUACCUUCCUCUGUGAACUGUGUAACUCGCUUCGUGCGCGAAUUUUAAACUUUGUGCUUGGGUACCCGUGGCAUCUCCAGGUUUUACGCAAUGAUUUUUUGAUCAUUAUCUUGGGUUUACCAUUGUGGAACUGACUGAGGAGCAGAGCGGAUAGUUAUUUUAGUCUUGUACAUAUAUUUUUUUUGUUAUCUUUGGUUCGGAAGAAUGAUUCUCCGAAGAUGUCUCCGAAACUUGGCCCUUUUGCUUCUCUUCACCUUUGUAAAAUCUCAAGAUGCACAUCUGGAAGAUGAGACAGUUUUUGACCUGUUUGAAACCAGUGGGAUCACACGCAAGACUAUCGGUGUAAAGCUUUUCAAGGGUCUGGACAGCGAUGCUCCAGCAUACCGCUUCAUCCGUUUUGACCAGGUCCCCUCGGUCAGCUCCACAGCGGUACAAAAACUUCUUUUGCAGAUACAAAACAACGAAGGCUUCAUUCUGACAGCCACUCUGCGCCAGGACCGCACAUCCCGUGGCACCAUUCUUGCACUGGAAGGCCCUGGAGAGCGCAGGCAGUUUGAAGUUGUUUCGGAUGGAAGAACCAACACUUUAGAUUUGGUGUACUGGUGGGCUGAUGGCUCACGCAACGUGAUCUCUUUUGAAGAUGUAGACCUCUCGGAUUCACAGUGGAAAAAUGUAACGCUUCAUGUACAUGGAGAGACAGCAACUUUGUACAUUGGUUGUGCACUCAUUGAUAGCUUUAUUCUCGAUGAACCUUUCUAUGAACACCUGAGCGCCACAGGUGCUCGUAUGUAUGUGGCCAAAGGGGCUACACGAGAAAGCCACUUUAGGGGCUUGCUGCAGAAUGUACGUUUUAUCUUUGACACCCCACUUGAGGACAUUCUGGAGAGCAGGGGAUGUGAUCUUGGAAACCCAGAGGAGGCAAAUGUAGUCAGCGAGAGUGCGGAGGUGGUGGAGGUGGAGGUUCCAUCUUCAAUUGCCACCAAUGUGAUUGGCCAGAAUACAGAUGUUCCAGCAACCAGCUCCUCAGAACUAAUGUGUGAACGUUCCUGUGAAGAACUGGCCAACCUCUUCCAGGAGCUGAAGGGUCUCAGAGUUGUUGUUAGCAACCUUAUAGAUGGUCUGCAGAAAGUGACAGAAGAAAACACGGCGAUGAAGGAGGCACUAAAUAAGAUGCAGAGUCUUUCGGAGCAGACUAUAUGUUGGCAAGAUGGCCGUAUGUUUGAGGACAAAGAGGACUGGAUUGUGGAUAGCUGUACUAAAUGUACCUGCCAAGAAGGAAAAGUGGUUUGUCGUCAAAUCACUUGUCCUCCAGUGGCAUGUGCCAAUCCAUCCUUCAUCGAUGGCGAAUGCUGUCCAGUUUGCCUUCCAAUGGACAGUGAAGAUGGCUGGUCUCCAUGGUCAGAAUGGACUCAGUGCACAGUCACAUGUGGAAGUGGCACUCAACAGAGGGGGCGCUCUUGUGAUGACACAAGCAAUACAUGUUCUGGACCCUCGAUUCAGACACGCAAGUGCAGUUUGGGAAAAUGUGACCGCAGAGUCCGUCAGGACGGUGGAUGGAGCUUAUGGUCUCCAUGGUCAUCCUGCUCAGUGACGUGUGGAGAAGGUCUGAUCACACGUAUCCGUCACUGCAAUGCUCCUGUUCCACAAAGAGGUGGAAAAGACUGUGAAGGUGAUGGACGAGAGACACAAAGCUGCCGCUUGGACCCCUGUCCGAUUGAUGGUGGCUGGGGUCCAUGGUCUCCCUGGGCAAUGUGUUCGGCUACAUGUGGAGGGGGUCUGAAGAGUCGUGUUAGGGAAUGUAAUAGCCCUGAACCACAGCAUGGAGGAAGGAAAUGUCUUGGAGACUCCACUGAAAAUGAAGUAUGCAACCGACAGGAGUGUCCUGUUGAUGCCUGUCUUUCGAACCCUUGCUUCUCCGGAGUUGAGUGUAUCACAGCUUCUGAUGGAUCCUGGGAAUGUGGACCCUGCCCGAAUGGUUAUCGUGGCAAUGGAACUUUCUGUGAAGAUGUCAAUGAGUGCGAUAUGGUAUCAGAUCUGUGUCAUAAGGUGGGUGGCCUACAGCAAUGUGUGAAUACAGACCCCGGAUUCCACUGUCUCCCCUGCCCCCCACGCUACAAAGGGACUCAGCCCUACGGCAUGGGAGUGGAGUCAGCUAAAAUCAACAAACAGGUGUGUGAACCCUACAACCCCUGCAAAGACAACAGCCACAGUUGCCACAAGUAUGCUGAAUGCAUCUUCCUUAGUCACUUCAGUGACCCAAUGUACAAGUGCGAGUGCCGUAUUGGUUAUGCUGGAGAUGGCAUCAUCUGUGGAGAGGACUAUGAUCUGGAUGGAUGGCCCAACCAGGAUCUUGUGUGUGGAGCAAAUGCCACCUACCAUUGCAAAAAGGACAACUGCCCCCUGAUGUACAACCCCAGGCAGUAUGACUAUGACAAGGAUGAUGUCGGAGACCGUUGUGAUAACUGCCCAUAUGAACAUAACCCUGCUCAGACCGAUACUGACAACAAUGGGGAAGGAGAUGCCUGUUCUAUUGAUAUGGAUGGAGAUGAGAUUCUAAACGAGCGAGACAACUGCCCUCUCAUUUACAACACAGACCAGAAAGACACCGAUUUAGAUGGUGUCGGAGACCAGUGUGAUAACUGCCCCUUAGUCCACAACCCACAGCAGACGGAUGCAGAUAAUGAUCUAAUUGGAGACCAAUGUGAUGACAACCAAGACAUAGAUGAAGAUGGCCAUCAAAAUAACAUGGAUAACUGCCCGUACAUACCUAAUGCAAACCAAGCCGACCACGACGGAGACGGGAAAGGAGAUGCUUGUGAUCAUGAUGAUGAUAAUGAUGGCAUUCCUGAUGACCGGGAUAACUGCAGACUAGUUUCCAACAAGGACCAAACGGACUCUGAUGGUGAUGGUCGUGGUGAUGAGUGUGAGAAUGAUUUCGACAAUGACAAAGUCCCGGAUAUCUUCGAUGCAUGCCCGGAAAACAGUGCAAUCAGCGUCACAGAUUUCCGGAAGUUUCAAAUGGUUCAUCUCGACCCCAAGGGAACCACACAGAUUGAUCCAAACUGGGUGGUCCGAAACCAGGGCAAAGAGCUUGUGCAAACUGCCAACUCCGACCCUGGAAUUGCAGUGGGCUUUGAUGAGUUCAGCGCUGUGGAUUUCAGCGGGACCUUCUAUGUGAAUACAGACAGGGAUGAUGAUUAUGCAGGAUUUGUGUUUGGAUACCAGUCUAGCCGACGUUUUUACGUAGUCAUGUGGAAACAGAUCACGCAGACGUACUGGGAAGACAAGCCAUCAAAGGCGUUUGGCAUCUCUGGCGUCUCUCUCAAGGUGGUCAACUCCACCACAGGCACUGGGGAAAAUCUACGCAAUGCAUUAUGGCACACAGGCAACACCAAGCAGCAGGUGCGCACUCUGUGGCACGACCCGAAGAAUAUCGGCUGGAAAGACUAUACUGCCUACCGCUGGCAUCUCAUCCACAGGCCAAAGACUGGAUUCAUUAGAGUUGUUGUGUAUGAAGGCAAGCAGAUCAUGGCAGACUCAGGCCCCAUUUAUGACAAAACGUUUGCAGGUGGAAGACUCGGGUUAUUCGUUUUCUCCCAGGAGGCCGUUUUCUUCUCUGACCUCAAAUAUGAAUGCAGAGGUGAACAAAUAUGACUUUAUUUAGAGAUGAAAACAUUUAAAUAUCCUUCCUUUUUCUAUUAUUAAGAUAUUUUCUUUUCUUUUCUUUUUUCUUUUUAAAUAUUUUUGGCAGAUAAUUGAGUGUGAUUUGAGUGCUGUAUCUCUUGUCAUGGACUAUUUUGAUCAAAGCAAAACUGUAUCAGUGUAGUGCCUUAGUAAAAGACCAAAAUUAGACUUUCUGCAAUAAGGGCCUGCAUAAAGGCCAGAUCCACAGACCAGAGGUGCCUUCAAGAGGUGAAUAUACCUCCUGCUGGACAAGUAUGAAAGGAAAUAAAUAUUUGGUAAGCAUUGCUUUAGAUUCUCAGUUAAAUGUUGCACAACUAAUGAGUGUUGAGGGUUUAUCGUUUUUCAUUUCAUAUACUUUAUUAGUUUAUAUGACUUUCUGGUCAUUCUUGUGGAGAACCUUUUUGUGGCUUUUUUUGUUUGUUUGUUUGUUUGUUGCAAUGUUUAGGGGAGAUGUAUUAUAUUCUGACCUUUUCUACUAUCUACUGUAACUUAUUUGUCUUUUUUUCUGGUUAUUAGUUAUCAUUCCUUUUGUAAUGUAUCCCUUGCUGACUAAUUGUAAAUACUUAUUUAUUCGUUUACAUUGACAAUUUUUUACAGAUGAGGUUUAAAAGAAUGUUUUGCAUAUGUUAUCAAAUUGCAUUCAUGUCAGUAAGGCUUUGUCAUUGGCCAUUACUGUACAGUAUCUACAUAGAAAAUGAAUGUGACAAGAGGAAGUGUAAUGUAAUAUUCCUGAACAUUUUAGAAGUGUCAAGGUGUUACACAUUUUUUUUUUUGAACUUCAGAGAGUGCAAGUAAGCAUCGCUUAACACCGGUCCUCAGUGACCCCAGCCGCAGAGACUUUUCUUGCUCUCAUAGGUACAAUGGUGACAAACCAGGAUUGUGAUCUCAGCAACUCUCCAGUUUCUAGAUCACCCUAACUUGGGAUUGAACCAGCAAUUUUUGAGGUAUCCAUUCUAUCAGCACCCUCUUUUGUAUAUUCAAUAAGAAGAAGCACUUCUUCAGGAAAUGCCAGUGAGAAAUUUAAUAUAAAUUUCAUAUUUUUAUGAGCUGAUAAAGGAAUAUAUAUUACACCUCUCAUGUACAUGCUUUAAAUCUCAACUUUUUUUAUUUACGGUCAUUUCAUUCACCAUGCAACACAGAGCACUUCAUUAAAUGUUAAUUUUAAAAUUCAUCUACAGUGUAUGGCUUGCUGCUAAUAACAUCUCUAGGUAUCAUACUUGUUUUUUAUUAACUAACAAACAGCUGUUUUUGAUAUUUUGAUCACUCAUAUGCGUUUUCAUGGCAAAUAUGUCAAUAAAAUUAUAUACAAAAAUUA